UCAAACUCAAACCAACAGGCUUAAUUCAGUAGAUUGAACUGUAAAAAGCAUGAUUCGUUUGAGCCUGCUUUUCGUGCUUCUCGGUGCCGCAGCCGUCUUUGGAGGCACUCUCUCCCCGGAGUUUCUUGAGUGGGAAGGCCGUAUUGUCGGUGGUUCAAAUGCCGUUUCUGGACAGUUCCCGUAUCAGGUUUCGCUACGCUCUUCUGCCAACACGCACUUCUGUGGUGCUUCGAUCCUCAAUAACCGUUAUGUUCUGACGGCAGCUCACUGCACUCAGGGACGUACUCUGGCCAAUACCCGUGUCGUCGUAGGGACUCAUUUGCUGAACAGCGGUGGCUUUGCCCACGCUUCAUCACGCAUCAUAAUCCACCCAUCGUACAAUCCCAGCACCCUGGCCAAUGAUAUUUCCAUGGUGCAGACUACCGUAGCCAUCGCUUUCAACCAGUUUGCUCAGCCUAUUGGUCUGUCAUCUACCUUCGUCAACACUGCUGCCGGAGCGGUGGUUACCGGAUGGGGUCAACUUGGGGCCAAUGCCGGCAUCCCAAAUAACCUGCAGUGGUUGAGAACCGACAUUAUCACUCUGGCUAAUUGCCGCAGUCGUCACUCGGCCGCAAACAGCGCCAGGGUCUUCGAUAACACCAUCUGUACGUUGAGCCCAGUUGGCAGGGGAAUGUGUAUGGGAGACGCCGGUGGUCCAUUGGUGCACGGAGGCCUCCAGCAUGGAAUCGUCUCGUGGGGCAUUCCUUGCGGUUUAGGAUCUCCUGAUGUGUUCGCUCGCACAUCUUCGCACAUCAAUUGGAUUCUGGCUAACGCGGUAUAACGAGCCUUGAUGCAAAGACUACCCACUAAAUGUGAAUCGAAAUUUCAAUGCCAAUAACCAUGAACUGCUUAUUCAGAAAAUUCGGUUGUAUAACGACAUUAGUUUAAAAUAAAGCGAGAAUAUUUGUAAAAUGUU